AUGUCGCAGUUCUUCAAAGGACAUCUCUCAUCGAUGCUCUAUUUGCCAAAUAAAGUGGAACAACCUCAGGCUCUACUCUGCGCUCACCAAUGUAAAGAACAAUUGCAGUUCACCGCGAUUGAUCAACUCGUUCCCGGCGAGGAAGCUAUCUUCGAUAACGAUUCCUCAAUGUUGACGUUAAGAGCGAACACGGCUGAAGAUUUGUCACUA